AUGCAUCAAUCCGAUUCUUUAACUAUGGAAAAUAUGGUAACUUCAUUUGUUUCUCCAUCACCGCCGACAGGAAAUGGUCGUCACAUUGAACUAGCAGGUAUCGACCUAUGGCUGGAUGCUCGCAUUGAUAAUAUAUUUGUCUAUCCAUGCUCUUUGAAUCUUGAUCGAUUUAAAGAAGCACUCAGUCAUACUCUCUCUAGGUGGCCUCUCGUUGCUGGCCAUCUUCUUUUAUUAGACAACGAUAGAUAUUUCAUCGAAAUGGUCGAUCAUGCGAUUCCAAUAUCGAUUGAUAACAAUCAUAGUUUGUUGCAGUGGCCAUUUGAUUCCACUGUGGUGGUCGAGAACGGCUAUUCGUUAAUGAAAUCCUAUUUUAACUUUGUACAAAAUCAAAAACUAUUAGAUAAUUCGCCGUAUGAACCACUAUUACGAAUUAAAAUCACACACAUUAUUCAAAGUGACCAAUGGGUUAUAGGUAUCAGUUGGGCGCAUGUCUUAGGCGAUGCUAUUUCAUGUCUACACUUUCUUAAUACAUUAUCACGCCUCUAUCAACAUUUAGAACCAUGUAUACCUGAUCCGAUAUUCGAGCGUCGUCUGUGGCAAGAGAAAGAAGCUGCUUCGUCGUUCUUACCGUUGAUGAAUCUAUUUGAAGAUGCCGUACCAAAAGAACGAUUGAGUAGCAAUAUUACGAACAAUCUAGAUAAUUAUUCUCAAAUCAAUCUGCGAUUUUCUGGUGAACAACUUACACAAUUGCAUGCACUCGUGAAUGAAACGAGUGUCACUAUUCAUGAUGUACUCAUAGCCUACAUUAUUGUUUUACUCAAUACGUUUUGUCUUGACAACAAUGACGAAUGCAUCAAACACACAAGCACCAUAGUGAAUUAUCGAGGUGUCUCUGAAUCCAUUGCUCCGCCGAGUCUGGUGGCCAAUGCAGUUUUUCGUAUGCUAUCGGAAGAUUUCGAUGAUCCACGAUCGCUAUCUAAUGUGGCUCAAACAAUUCGUCGUUCGAUUCAUCGAUCACGCGAAAUAGAAUUCCUUGAACCUUACUUAGCCACAGCCGAUAGUUUAAUGAGACGAAACGUUAGAGAAAAACGUCAAUGUCGUAUGACUCACUAUGGAAAUGAGAUUGUUAUCAAUUCGAACAUGAAAUACGAUUGGGCUGACGCAGUAGAUUUUGGUUGUAGCAAUCAAUGUCGUUUCUACGCUACAUGGACGGGACCGUAUUAUAUGCGUGUCUUUCGAUUGAAUCCCAUACAGAAUGGUCAUGAUUGGGAGGAAAGAGAUCGGCAAGGCGUUGAAGUGGCGUUUCUAAUAGAAAAAAGCAAGAAAAUUCAAUUGAUGACAGUUUGGCAACGUGAUCUCGAUGACAAAUUUGCACAAUGGAAAUCAUUAAAAACUUAG